AAAACAUGAAUGAGGUAAAGGAGACCCUAAGAAACAUAGAACAGAACUACAGGCUCUUCCAGCAGCAGCAGUUUACAUUUAUCACAGCACUGCAACGCACCCGAGAGAAUGCACAUGACAUGAUCAGACCUGUGGCAAGCAUCAGACAGGUACAGUCCUACAUGGACCAUCACUGUAACAAUUCCACUGACCGGCGUAUCCUCAGCAUGUUCCUGAACAUCUGUAACGACCUAAGCAGGCUCUGCCAGAACCUGGAAACCCUGCAUCCUGGUAACAGCGUAACCAAUGGCAUUUUGGAAAGAUGCAAGCUGCUCCUUAGCCACAGCAAUGAUCUGAGCGCCAUCCGAGCUAAAUACCCCCAUGAUGUUGUGAAUCACCUGAGCUGCAAUGAAGCAAAGAAUCAUUAUGGAGGUGUAGUGAGCCUCAUCCCCAUCGUUCUAGACUGCGUGAAGGAGUGGGUAGCCCACACUGAGAAGCUGCCACGGCACAUGCUGUGUAACGUGAGUGGUGGAAGUGCUAUCUCUGAGAAAAAGGCAGCCCAGGAUGUACCAGCUAGGGCAGCCAUUUCCCCCAAACCACCUUCUGUCCACCUUAGAGCUCAGACCUCAGUUAGUAACAAAGAUUGUGUACAAGUACAGGGAAGCAAGCAUGUCAGAAAGAAGCACCUGACUGGCACAGAAAAUCACAGUGGGAAACUCAAGGGUCCCUGGAAGCCACCUGGUCGACAUGCUUUUUAAAGGGGCAGAGUUCUUGCAUCUUUUGCAUAAAGGUGGCUGAUUAAAGAUAGCAAAAACAAACACUAGAGAUCUUCCCUAUCUAAAUCCAAAUUCUGAAGAAAUAGUCCUGUAACCUAGCCUUUGGCAGAAAAAUACUCCUUUCCCAUGCUUUUAUUUCUACUCUCCUCCUAAAACUCGUCGCAACAGAACUAGUUGCAUCACGUAUGCUCCCUUUGACAAGCCUUGUGGUGAGAGCAGGGAAGAGUCAGGCCUAAUCAGAUUUUAAUCUCUCAGAUAAUGAAUCUUGGGCAAGUUACUUGAGGGGGGAUUUUAGAUUUCCUCUCAGACUUUUCUGCUCACUCUCCAAGCCAGAGGUAUGAAUAACCUGCGUUAUCCAUACAAGCAGCAAAGGCCUCUUGUAUGGAUUCAGAAGUUCAUUUGAGAUUCACACUAGCUUAUUGCUAAAGUUCCCUCACUGCAGCUGAUCCCACUGAAAAUGCCUGGUCAUUUGGAGCAAAGACUCAAAGCUGACAAGACAGAAUACUAAUCAUGUCUCCCUUACAUGCUGCUGGCUGCAGAAAGGUCAGCAUUCUUUAACCACACUGGUUGGGGUCUGCUGGAUCCUUCCUGCAGGAUCUCACGCCAACGGUAGAUACCGCUCUGAACAUCCUCCCUUAUGUCUGUUGGAAUCCUUUGCUGUCAAGUAGGGCUACAGAGACAUAAAGGACAAAUUUCAUGUUGCACUUAGUUUGGUUUAUUGACAGUAUCUGAACUUGGAUAAAACCCCCCUCUCCUUUCUGGAGCUCUGCAAGGCUGACAGUAGGAAGUCAUUUCUAUUAGUCAAGAUUCAUGAGAUUCUGGUGGGAGCAGAUGGAUCAAGAAAGCUGUGGCCAUUUUCAGUUGGUUUCCCCUUCCAACUGCAUGUUAAAAUGUCUGUCCUUUCACUUUUUCAAGACGAGUAUCCAGCUUGCCUAGCUCUCAAGGAUGUUAUGAGGCUUAGUUCAUUAAAACUGCAAGGCAUUUGAAAUAGUCUCAUGCUGGUUUUAUAACGGUACUUUGCAUUUCUAGCCACUGACUUUAUACCAGUGUCUCUGAAAACAGCUUGCUUUCCCAGCUGCACAGCAGCGUCACAGGCUCUCCCCCAUUCCCUGGAGCCAAUAUGCAUCUUCUGUGUGCUGCUUUUUAUUCAAGCACUGUUAACUACCAACUUAAGAUCUCAAUAGUGCAGUGUCUUCCCUGUAUCUGAUUGCUCUUUUCCCCCUCCACAGGCAAAUUAGCUCCUGUUCUUUGCCUCCUGCUGGAAGACACACCUGAAUAAACAAUUUCCCCAUGCAAAUCUGGCUCAGUUUGCUAAAGCCCUGCAAAUGCUUUUGCCUUAAGAUGACCAGAUUUUGGCAACAAGCAGCCAAAGAGAAGGGAGACUUGAUAUAGAAGAGGCAGCAUAGGAAGGAACGGUAGCUCAGAUGGAAGAAGUAUUUUCAAGAGCACUUUUAUUCCUCUCAUAACCUCACCUUCUUUUGCACUUUGUUUCCUCCCCUCCCGCCCCCCCCAUCCACACAUGCUAAUAUAAAAUAUAUCUGCUCUGGAACAGAGAACUAUUUUUUAGGAGACAUGAUCUAAUUAAACUGACACUUGGUGAACUCAAAACGAUAAUGAAGCUAGCCAAGGUCACUUUUAGGUACUAACAGGUCACAGCCAGCAAAAACUGACCUGCCUUAUCUCAGGCUCCGAGAGCCAUGUUGCAGAGGCAGCUUUAGUAAGAGAGAGGAGGCAAAAAAAAACCCAAACCAAAACAAAAACAAAAACCACUUGCAGCUGCCCUGUUGUGUUUCAUGUUGCAAAGACAAGUGCCCAGUGACAGUUGCUGGCUUGGAAAGGUUUUUUUAAAC